AUGAAGCUUAGAGAUGCCAAAUACUGUGUGCGAAAUGCUUCUGUUCUGGAUGCUCUGGUCGCAAACGAAGAGCUUGAUAACCUUUAUCUCCCCUUGCACAUCAAUGGAAAUCAUUGGACGCUGUUAGAGCUAAACCUGUCAGACCACACCAUUAGCUAUGCCGACUCCUUGACCCCCUCGACAGCUCGCCCACCCAAUGACGUUGUCAAAAUUCUUUGUUGGUGGCUAGAUGGCUUGGGCAUUCGGAAACCCCAACCUGCCGUGGUAGCACCUGCAUUUUCCGUCGCUAGACAGCAGGAUAGUUUCUCCUGCGGCGUUAUAGUGUUGAGCACCUUGGCUCAAAUUCUUCUUGGUCGUGCCGCCUGGGCCCCAGAUUAUGCCUCUGACCAUCGCAUGGAAUGGUUUACAUGCCUCGCAGAACACGGUCAUCGGUUGCAGACCCUUGAGAUGGAUGAGGAUGAAGAAGACAUGGAGAACCCUGCAGGAUGUGGAAGCUGGGUCUUGUCCUUUCCCAGAUAUUGCUGUUGA